CAUAGCGCUCGUUGUUGGUAGGUCGCCCUCUGUGUCAAGGUGGAAGGACAUUUUGAGAAAACAACACUGGGGAAAGAAAAAAAACGAUGUCUUCUUUAGGAAGGGCCAUGGGUGUCCUUAGGGCCGGGACGCAGCUUCUUACACGUGGACCUCUGAAAAUUGUAACCCGAAAAGCUGGUGGUGGACCACACAUAGAGGCCCAGUACAGGCAAUUCCCACAACUCACCAAGAGCCAGACGUUCCAAGCAGAGCUCCUCAGCAGUGCCAUGUGGUUCUGGAUCCUGUGGCACUGCUGGCAUGACCCAGAUGCAGUAAUGGGUCACUUCCCAUGGCCUGAUGCGUCCGCAUGGACAGAUGAGGAACUGGGGAUCCCAGCUGACGAUGAGGAAUGAGGUGCUCUCCACCCCACUGACUCCAGACCUUAUGUGGGCCCGGUUGCUACCCAAGUCUACCUGGAGGUCACAAGGGUGUCCCGAGAGGCUUUGUUGUACAUAGACCAACAAAUAAAAUUCAAUUUAUCCUAA